UUUUUCUAAGGAAUUCGAAAAUUUGAUUGUGAGAGCACUGGUUAUAAGUUGAAACGAAAAGCGAAUUCAAAAACAAACAAAAAUUGGCUAGAAUUUCGUUUUUGAUUUCGAUAAAAUGGUCAAGUUUGAGGAGCGAUUCUGGGUAAGAAAUCUGUUAUAUAUUGCUGAAAAUCCUACUGGUUUUCACCGCAUAUGAUAAUGUAUUAACACUGUAAAUACUGAUACAACUCUGACGAACAUAUAGACGACUCGAAUGAUCGAAUUAUUAAAAUCAAAACAUUCCAUUUCUGUGCACUAGGAUGUCAAAAGUUUCGACGAACUGCGAAAGUACUGCAGGCAGAGUAACGAUUUCUGUAAGGAUGUCUGUGGUAUACUACAUUCAAGGUAUUUAAUAUCGUUGAAUAUAUAUUAUCUGUUAAUAAUAUUUAAUAACAACACAUUGUUUUGAACUGUGAUUUAUACGCGAUAAUAAUGAUAAUAAUUAAUACGUGAUUUAUUGUACAAUAAUCAUCAUUUAUCAAUGUUAACAGCAUGUCAUUUUAAUCAAAGAUUGAUUCCUGAUAGGAAUUCCAGAUUCUGUUUGGAACCUACAAUUAAGCGCUUAUGAUUUAGCCCAUCAUUAAUUACCUGGCCAAAUAUACUUUCCUCUUGAGUAGCAGCGUUUCAGGUUUUGCCAGAAAUAUCUAUCUAUUUCUCAAUGACUUGGAAAACUGGUGCAUGGCAAACUUAGCAGUGCUCAUGGUCCGGAGGAGCAUUGUGCUAGGGCGCAUGCAUCCCUAGAAAAUUAUCAAAUUUUAAAGCUCUCAAAAAUCAGUUUGAGCACUGCUUCAAUGAUCGAAUCACUACAGCACCCUUUAAGUUGCAAUGCAUGCACCCUUUAUUAUUUUACUUUGUUUAAUGGUAGAUGAUUUUACUUGUCAAGGGUAGAAUGCUGCCACUCAAUGGGUUAAACGGACCAUAUCUGCAGAUUCAUCCUGUUAACCCUCAAGUGUAAAUGUGGCCUACUUCGUAAGGGUUAUACUUUUACUAGUCAUUAUUGCAUCCAGAGCAGCACCUAUUACAAAACUUAAAACUUGUACGUCUACCAUCAUGAUAACAUACAUUGGAGUAUAGUAGAUGGAUAAUCCAAGUGAAAUUUACGUGGUGUUUCCACAAACAAAACUAUUAUAUAAUAUUUGUACACUUUUUGUACCGUUGAACCAGGCACGGUUGCGAAAAAUGCAACUGACAACUAGGUCCUCUGGCAGGAAUUGAACUGCUUCCCUGCGCUUGGAACCAGUGUGGAAUCGUAGGGCUGCAGGUCUCGGAACGGCAGGUUAUCUACUCCAAUGUACAUGCAUGCUAUCUUGAAUCAGUAUAAGAUUGUCACAUGAUACUAUAUUAUCCAUCUACUCCAACAUUCAGUUUCAACCAAGUGAAGUGCAGACAAAUCUCUUUCAAAUUCACCUCAUCAUGAUAACAGCCUUUUAUUGAUAACGCUGUUAUUAUGAAUAGCUUCAUACUUUAGAGACAAUACUAAUUUCCAAAACCGUUGUGGCUGGUACAUGUGUUACUUAGGAUAUGAUCCCAGACUAGGCUGGAUCGAUAUACCGGAUAUAUCUGAUAUACCGGUAUUUGUUUAGAUACCGGUUUGGCGAUAUUGACAAUUUAAAAAUACCGAUAUACUGGAAUUUCGGUAUUUUGCUGCCUAAUACCGAAAUGAAACGCUAUUUCAAGUCAAACUUGCUUACAAUCACGUUUAGAAAGCAAAGUUAAUACUCACAGAUGCAUGACAUGCAUGAAAACCUUUUCCGGCUUUUCAAGUUUUUUUUAUCGGGCAGUAUAAUAUAAGAAGGUAACUUUUUGUUGUUUUUAAUCUUAUUUAACUGACAUGCUACAUGUAACUUGUUUAUGUGUUAGUUUUAAAUAUGCAACGUUUUUUAUGUUUAUAACUAUUAGCAGCUUACUGAAACACUAUCUGAAUUUAUAUAGCUACAAAACGAAUAUUUUUUUGAAUGAUUCAACACUUCGACGCCCUACUAAUAAUUGCCGCUUAGCGCUAUUAAUUGUUAACAUAGCUUGAUAAUGCGAAUCUUGUGACAUUUGCACUAAUAACAGCCAGGUGAUCUCGUGUUCGUAUUUUAACCAAUCAGCGCUCAGAAAGGGUUGUCCGAAUAGAAAUCCAUUUCGAUGUAUUCAGUCAAUUAUAUCUUUCGUUAUUCUUUAUGAAACUAGUUGAAAUUUUGUAAUUAUGUUUGGUUAUGGGAACUAUAGCUCUGACAAAAAUAUGGAAUAGAAAUAAAGUAUAUUACAGGAGAUAUUCAGUUGUUUUAAUCAUAAAAUGGAUUUCUAUUUGACAACUAGUGCCAGUACUUUUCCGCGUAUCAAGAUCACCUGGCCAGUAUGUGCUACAUUAAUAUUUUGUCAAAACUUGAUUUUUCUUGACGGUCAGCACUUCAGUUUGGCUUAAAAAAAAAAACACGUUAAAAAUACCGGAAUACCGGUAUUUACCGGUAUUCUGAUGGCGGUAUAUCGGUAUUCCGUAUUUGCGAUAUCGAUCCAGCCUAUCCCAGACCUGCCAAACCUGACCUGAAGAAAAUCUGGAGAAAAUUGUUAAAAAGCUGGAGAUUUUCCAGCUAACUAUUUAAAGUGCAUUUAUGGACCUAUUCCCUAAUGAACAAAAUUUUGAUCUAGACAAGUCUAGACAAACAUUUCAGCACAGCUUGAACGAGCAUCACAAAAUUAGUAAAAUUCCGAAGUUUUGUUGCGAAAUGUUGUAAAAUGUGGAUAAUAUAGUCCUGCGAAGUUUGCCGUUUUUCAGUCAUUUUGUAUUACGCACGGGAAAUUGAUACCUUUUUUCAGAAAAUGGUAUCAAUUUCCCGUGCGUAAUACAAAAUGACUGAAAAACGGCAAACUUCGCAGGGCUAUAUUAUCCGCAUUUUACAACAUUUCGCAACGAAUCUUCGGAAUAUUACUAAUUUUGUGAUGCUCUUUCAAGCUGUGAAAUUUUUGUCCAGACUUGUCUAGAUCAAAAUUUUGUUCAUUAGGUAAUAGGUCCAUUAAGAGACUAGAAAAACAAAUAUGAUUAUGAUGAAAAUGCAAUAAAAAUCAGAUGGACAUGAACUUUUUCCAAUUUGAAAAGUAAAAGUAAAAGGUGAUACCUGACAAAAUCAGUCUUUCAGUCAAAUGUCUGUUCAACCUCGUUCCCAGGCUCUUUCUUCGGGGAAGGAACGGGAACGAGGUUGAUGUCUGUUACUUUAUAUCAUCCUCUUACCCAAAAUCAAGUGACAGUACAACUGUAUACUUGAUGAAUCGAACCCAGCGCCAGAGGUGAUAGGUACACUCACUGGUACUGUACUAACAGUACAUGCACUAAUCAUGGUAUCAUCAACAUGCCCACCCUACAAAAUAUAAAGCCUCCAUUUUAAGAUGGUUUAAAAUUCUGAAAUUUGGUGAUAUAUAUUUAUUGAAAAUUCUGAAAUUUGGUGAUAUAUAUAUAUAUAUAUAUAUAUAUAUAUAUAUAUAUAUAUAUAUAUAUAUAUAUAUAUAUAUAUAUAUAUAUAUAUAUAUAUAUAUAUAUUGAAUAAUAAAUUGCAGGACCCGUUGUUGGGAUAAAAAAAAUGGUGGGGCUUAAUUAAACAAUUUUAUGGGAAUACAAUACAAACAACUGUACCAAUUUUAUUGGAAGGUGAUUGUUUAGUUACUGACCCAAAGGAUAAAGCAACUUUAUUGAAUGAUUAUUUUUGUAGUCAGAGUAUGCUGCUAAAUGCAGAUGCACCGUUACCAAAUUUAAUAGAGUUGCAAAAUGCUAAGACGUCAGUGGUUUCUACUAGUGAAAAUGAAGUUUUUGAUUUAUUGAAAAGUGUCGAUGUAUCGAAGGCAAGGCUUGCGGAGUAGAUGGUAUAGGAAAUUCCCUGUUGAAGAUAUGUGCUAUUGGCAUUGCUUCAUCUCUGUCGAGAUUUUUUAACAUCUCUUUGGUAAAUGGCUGUUUUCCAACAGUAUGGAAACUAGCAAAUGUUGUUCCCAUUUUUAAAAAAAAUAAUCGUCAAUUGAAAAGUAAUUAUCGUCCUGUGUCUUUACUAACAUCGUUGUCCAAAAUUUUUGAGAAAAUAGUAUUUAAACGUCUUUAUAAUUUUUUAUUAGAAAUAAAUUUUUUCACUCCCUUGCAGUCAGGGUUUCGUCCCGGGGAUUCCACUGUGAAUCAACUCAUACUUAUGGUACAUACAAUUUGUGAGGCUUUAGAGCGUGGAAAGGAAGUGCAUAUGGUUUUCUUGGAUAUAAGUAAAGCUUUUGACAGAGUGUGGUAUAAAGGUCUCCUUUUUAAGUUGAAACGUUUAGGUAUUAAAGAUCCAUUACUAUCUUGGAUUAAAAGCUAUUUGACAAACAGAAAACAACGAGUAGUUAUUGAUGGAAACAUGUCUGAUUGGAAAGACGUUGAAGCAGGAGUGCCACAGGGAUCAGUACUUGGGCCACUGCUAUUUCUAGUUGAUAUAAAUGAUAUUACUGAUAAUAUUCAAAGUACUUGCUUUCUUUAUGCGGACGAUACUUCUUUGUUAGAAAUUGUCGAAGAUCCUCAAUUAAGUUCAGCCAAACUUAAUAGUGACUUAACAAAUAUUAGUAAAUGGACACGUGAUUGGCUCGUCACUAUUAAUCCUAGUAAAACUGAAGCAGUGAUCUUCUCCACUAAGAGAUACAAACCAGUACAUCCAGCUUUAUAUUAACGAAAUAAAUAUUGUCAACAGUCAUAAUCAUCUUGGAGUCACUCUUUCUUUUAACAUGUCCUGGAGAACACAUGUCUUAAAUAUUCAUGAUAAAGCUACAAAGCGAUUAAAUUUAUUGAAAGGUUUGAAAUUUAAAAUUAAUAGAAAUACUUUGGAAAAGCUUUACAAAUCUUUAAUUAGACCUCUUAUGGAAUAUGCAGGUGUUGUUUGGGAUGGUUGUUGUGAAAAUGUUAGUGACUUGCUUGAAUCUGUACAAUAUGAAUUUGCUAGAGUGGUCACUGGUGCAAUGAAGGGUACUGGGCACCAAAGACUGCUCGAGGAGUUAGCAUGGGAAAGUCUGAAGACAAGACGUUCAGUUCACAAACUUGUUUUGUUCUUUAAGAUAGUUAAUAAUUUGACACCAAGUUUUUUAUCUGAUUUGCUUACUCCUACGACACAACAAAGAUCAGGGUUAUUGCUAAGAUCUGCCUGUAACUUUAGCUUAUUCCAAUGUCGUACGGAAAGAUUUAAAAAAUCUUUUUUUCCUGCCACUACAGGCUUAUGCAACAGUUUAGACUAUAAAUUUAGGGAUACUCAAUCGUUAAGAUAUUUUAAAAGUUAUUUGCAGGAUUUCUUUGACAUUUCAACUUAUGAGAAACGCUAUGAUUAUGCACUAGAUAGAUAUAAUUCUAUUCUCCAUGCUCGACUUCGCUUGAAUUGUUGUGCUUUAAACUACUAUCUUUUCAAAAUUAAUUGUGUGAUAUCUCCAGCGUGUAAUUAUGGGUUUAAUUGUGAAUCUGUAAUUCAUUUUUUAUAUUGUCCCCGAUAGGCUGCUCUUAGGACUUUCUUGUUAGCGGCCAUGGUUGAAAUCUUGGGAAGCGGCUGGUAUCACAUGUCCGAUUCUUCUAAAACGAAAAUGCUUUUGUUUGGAUCUGAGAAUCUGACUUUGAAUCAAAAUAAUGCUAUUUUUUCCAUGUACAAACGUAUAUCAAAAGAUCGGAGCGUUUUGCAGUUUGUAAUGACUGAUACAAUCGCUUCUCAGGCUGUCUAUAUUAUUUAUACCACCAUAUAAUGUAUUUAAAUGUAAAUUGGCGUGAGCCCCCUAGAUGAGCUUAAAUAGCUCUUGGGGCAAACGAUUAAAUAUGUUUAAAUAAAUAAACUACAGCAAGCAUAAUACAAUACAUAAUUAAAUCUUUAUUCGGCAACAUGUCAAAGUCUUAAAUUUUUGUUUAUCUCAUUACUCGAACUAAAUUGCAGAAUACCCGUACACUAGUCAUCUUUCACUGCGUAGCCAAAUUUUCAGUAGGGAGUUUACGAUCUGCGACGCGGCCGGCUCAACGACGCGGUAUAAAUUUCAGCUCAAGAAUGAGCGGUAAGCAAUUUGAUUACAGUAAUAAAUGUUUGACGCUUUUUCAAAUAACCUUACAAACUGCUACGUUCGGCUAAAGGGAUGCAAUGUUCGCUGUAAUUUCGACUUUAAGUAACACCUCUUGAGUCGCAUUAAGCUUUCACGUUGACUGAAAGACGUAAUAAUGCUUGUUUAACGUUGUGUUGAGAAUGACAACACGGUUGACAAUACUCCACGAAUUAUUGACAGUUUUUGUCUUGCAUGACAAAUUUUUUUGUAAGUUCUUUGUAGGUUUGCAUGGCGAUAAAACAUAUAAUACUAUUGUUUGUGGAAACACUAAAUUUCUUUGUUUUGAAAGCGCGUCGUCGAGCCGGCCGCGUCGUAGAUCGUAAACUCCCUAGUGGCUACGCAGGCACGCGCUAUCAAAUUACAAUAUCCAGGAAAUACGUCAUUAUACGUAGCCGCGUAGCCAUGUAGCCACUAAAACUAUACCUUCCUUACAAUUACGUAAAAAAUCAAGCUAGUAUUUUAAUAUUUAGAUCUAAACUUGAGCAGACAUAUGCUGAAAACUUAUCUCAACUGGCACUGAAGGCAUCGAAAUGUGGAAAGGAUCUUGUUGGGUAAGCAAUUAGCUCACACUUGAGUAUAAUAUUGAAUGGUCUGUGCCAGUGUAGCUAGGAUAAAGCGAUGAUAACAAGACAGCUGCGAUUGAGAGAGAUUAUACAAUUACCUGAUUGGUUUAUUUUUGUCACAUGAUCUCUUUUUUAUUCACUAGUAUAAAAGCUCGUGUAAUUUUCCUGACCUAUGCUACAAACUUCCCAACGAAGGACCUUUGCGCGAAACGUCAUUCUGCUUGACAUGCAUUUUUCAGGUAGUUGUAUAAUUACCUGAUUGGUUUAUUUUUGUCACAUGAUCUCUUUUUUAUUCACUAGUACAAAGCUCGUGUAAUUUUCCUGACCUAUGCUACAAACUUCCCAACGAAGGACCUUUGCGCGAAACGUCAUUCUGCUUGACAUGUUUUUUUCAGGUAGUUGUAUCCCUCUCAAUCCACAGCUGUCUCACAGUUGAGUAUCUUUUAGUACAUACAUGUCACAUUGACUGAAAUUCUCGAAUUGCCAAUUAAACAAAAUGACACAGUGUUUGCCACACACAGUCACAGACACUAAGGAAUACUGAUUGCAUAGGAAAUGCAAAUGAAUGACACGGCAUUACAGUAUAUCGUACACUGUACGCUAUGAGUAUUAGCGAAUAGUCCACCUUUACUACGAUGAGUUAUAUAUGCCUGCCGCACACCAGCGAAACUUGCUGAACUAGCCGCCACGCAGGCGGUUUCUCUCGGCAUGUUUCUCUUAUGUACGGAUAGCUUUCGUGUGGAUUUAACCUCUCUAGGUCUUGAGGAAAGUAUCGAGGAAAAAAUACCAACGUCUUCGGAUGUUGCGAGAUUAGUGCUGCAGAGCUGCUUGAAUUAACUAGCCAAUGAGAACCCAACGUUUCUUCACGUCACUUUGGUCAAAAUGGCGACAAUGGAGGGAAAUACAAACCAUCUUAUCAACGAUGUUGUUGUUAACUACUGUAGUAUUGAGUAGUUUUCCCAACGUGCACGAUGAAAAUGCAUUAUACUGCAUGUGUAGCUGAGUUAGCCGCCACGCGAGGCGGUUUGCUCAGCAAGUUUCUCUCUUAGGCUUAAUAUGACACUGCCAUGUCAAUAUUGAAUAUUGCAGGAUGAAACUAAAAUUAACCCCAAUGAUUUUUUAGAACACUCAAGUCAGCAUGGACAAAAAUGGCAGCAGAAAUUGAAAAUGAAGCAGAAUUACACAAGUAUGUAACUUUCAUCCAAUAUAACUAUUCAGUAAACAAGGUGUGA